ACUAUGGCGCUUUCACAAAAAAAUUCAUUUUAAUGACACAAGGUGUUAUCAAUUUUUAUUUCGUAUGAUAUAACUAAAUUUCAAAAUUCAUUUUUUAUGUCCGGGGCUCCGUUAAUCGAAUACAGUGGUACGAGCAUAUUAUGGGAAUGGUACAGGCCAAGGAGGAUAAGUAUGCGCCCCUUCACACACAAGAGCCCUGCCAGGACACGUCGAAACAAGCGAGAGAAGUUGACAUAAAAGGUGUAUCUGCCAGAGUUGAUCGGAUAAAUAUCGAAGGUUUGGGGCGGACCAAAGAUGACAUCGUAGAACAAUCUGUUAAGGAGCUUUUUAAAGCCAGGAACUUCCAAGAUGUUAUGGCCAAAGCCCACAAGGUGCGGGGUCGCCUGGACUCGCUGGGGUGCUUUAAGAGCAUUGGGAUAUAUAUCGAUACCAGCAGGGGACCAGGAGCUACACCAGAGGGAUUGGAGGUAACCUUCCACGUCCAGGAACUCAAAAGAGUUGUCGGUGGUGUAAAUACUAUGAUCGGCAACAAUGAAGGUUCCCUAGUAGUCGGUCUGAAAUUACCAAAUUUGGCUGGUAGAGGCGAACGAGUUCAAGCUGAGUACAGUUAUGGAAAUCAGAAGACGUCUAACAUCAAUGUUGCAUUCAUUAAACCGUUUAUUAACUACCAGAAAGAACCAAUCCUCACCUGUAGUUUAUUCCAACAAGCAGCAGACUGGCCAUGGUCCGGUUACGCAACUGUAGACAAAGGAACACUCGUAGACCUUGCAUUCACAUCCACCGGCAGUUUGAGACACAAUCUCCAAUGGGAGGGUUCAAUACGCGAACUGGGCACCCCUUCCAAGACGUCAGCCUUCGAAGUCAGGUCGCAGGCUGGUCCUAAACUGAAGUCAGCUUUCCGACACAUUCUCUGCUUGGACCAGAGAGACGAUAAAGUAUUUCCGACGGGAGGAAGGAUGUUCCAAUGGACCACGGAGUUUGCAGGACCUGGUGGCAAUGUGGGACAUGUCAAGAACGAGUUUCAUCUUCAGGUCAAUAGAUACAUACAGAACGGGCUCGUGUUGCAGGGAAGUUUACAGGGUGGCAUUUUAUCGAACCUAAACAAUUAUGAACAAUCAGAUUUAUCAGAAAAAUACUACCUCGGAGGUCCUUUAAGUUUGAGAGGCUUCACAAUGAGAGGGGCAGGUCCAGCCGCUGAGGAUAACUUUACAGGGGCACCGAUGUUUUGGGCAGCAGGUCUACAAUUAUUUUCACCACUGCCUUUCAGACCAGGACAGGGUGGUAUCGGUGAUUUAUUCCGGGUACAUGGAUUUUUCAAUGUAGGAAAUGUUGGCGAAUUCGAUAUCUCUCCUGAUCUGGAGGCUUCCUGGGCUUCUCUAUCCGAGAAACUGCGCAUGUCCACCGGCCUGGGCCUUGCAAUGAGAAUCGGCCAUAUAGCUCGACUAGAACUAAAUUAUUGCUUCCCACUAAAGUACGAAGAAUCAGACAGUAUCUGCCAAGGAAUACAAUUUGGAAUCGGCUUAAAAUUCUUGUAGUUUGCAUAAAAACGUGUAAAAAAAAUAAUAAAACGUACAAUGCAUAUUAAAGUUUUCACAAAGGGCACACAUUGUUGUUGUGGCAUUUACUUGUAUUAUAUUUGGAUCAACAAAUCCAUGUUGUGUCAUUUGUUUAAGUUCAAACAAUUGUGAUGUGCCAUAGAUACGUGAAAAAGAAAUCUGCACGCAGGUAUUUUAGUCGCAUUGUAAAUAUUGUUAAUAAAUUAUAAAUGAAGCUAGUCGGAAUACAGAAUUAUUUUAAACAAAAAC